AUGAACGUAUUUCAGCCAUUGCUGGCGAUAGUAGUGUGCUCCCUGACGCUUGUCAACGGAGCGACGGGACCCACAUUCAACUACGAGGAUGGCAUCCUGGACGUACGCUGUCCCCAGUUUGACAUCCCGAUGAGCCCGGUCCAUCUAGCGAUCCCGAACGAUUGCACCAGGUUCCAGAAGUGUUUCAAUGGCCGUGCCUUCACGAUACAGUGCCCACCCGGGCAGGAGUUUGGGGUUCAUCUGCAGCGGUGCGACUAUCCGGUGUUUGCCCAGUGCCAGAAAGGUUACGUGCAACCGCAACCGGCCGGAUUUAAUUACGAUCUCGGACAGGCCGAUCCACGGUGUCCACGGUUCGAUGAUCCGUUUAAGCCGACCCAUCUGCCACAUCCCUCCGACUGUAAGCGUUUCUUCAAGUGUUUCGACGGUCGGGCAUUUGAGCUGGAGUGUCCAACGGGACAGGAAUGGGGCGCAAAAUUGAACCGUUGCGACUUCCCAUCGAUGGCUCGCUGCUCCGUCGGGCGGGUUGAUAAGCUGCCAAAUGCUGUAGAGAAAGCCCCCGAGCAAGUACCGCAGGAUGCCGGUAGCGACGGAUCCAGCGGAGAGGUGCAGGAGUACGUGCAGCCCGCAAAGGCUGCGUUUAGCUAUGAUUCCGGUGUGAACGAUGUGCGCUGUCCCAAGUUCGACGAUCCGUACCGUCCGAUACAUCUGGCCCAUCCCACCGAUUGUCGCAAGUUUAUGAAGUGUUUCGAUGGACGCGCGUACACCAUCGACUGCCCCAAAGGGCAAGAGUUUGGCAUCCGUAUUAACCGUUGCGACUACCCACAGUUUGCCCAAUGUUCGCUGCAGAAGGAUCGUAAAAGCUUGCGCAAAGCGGCCGAUGAGUACUACUACGAUGACUACUACGACGAUGACAGUAUUCCGCUCGAUUCGAGCGAAUGGACACCAGAGCAGCGUGAGAUGAUCGAGGGCGUUAAGGAUGGACGUUGCCCGCUGACGGACGACCCGGCCGAACCGAUCCAUUUCAUACACCCGAAGGAUUGUGGUAAGUUCUAUAAGUGUUAUGAUGGGCGCGCCUAUCUGAUCCUGUGCCCGGUCGGGCAGCACUGGAGCGUCCGGUUCGAUCGGUGCGAUUAUCCGAAGGUGGCGAAGUGUACCAUUCGCGGCAACUAA